AUGGCAACCUUUCCCUACAACCCUACAAGGAUCUUGUCUUCGCCCACCUCGGACGAUAUAAUAUACAUUUUUCAACCUGGUACACCAGGCUCCCCCAAUUCCCAGCUACUCGCGCUGAAUACAACGAGCACGCUCGGCGCUACAAAUUUGCCCUGCUCAACCAUCUCUCCAACGCUCCCUUUCUUAGAUGGACCCCAAAGUGCCUACACACCUACAAUUGACGAUAAAGGGAAUAUAUUGGUGUACUCUGGCAAUUGCAGUGAUGCAGCGGAGGGGUCAACGUUCUGGCAGUUCACUCCUACAAGCGAAAGCUCGAACCUUAACGGAACAUGGAAAGAGCUCGACCUAUCAAUAGGAGGAGUGAGUGGUAAUAAUGUGCUGGACGGCGCGAACUAUCUGGCGGCAGCUCUGGCCUUCUCCAGUACGGUCAAUGCCACCUCUGAGAUGUACAUCUUUGGAGGGAUGUGCCCCAAUUCGACUAUCUCAACAGCAGAUGAUUGGACACAAGCGGCAUACUAUUCCAGCAGCAUGUUGACCAUACAACCCGAUUCUCCCCCGGCUUCAACGUAUUAUCUUGGUAUCACGUCAAGCAGAGGGCCACCGAUUGCAGAGGCUGGGUUCACCAUUACCCCACUCAUGCCAACCUUCUUCAAUACAGGGAACGACAAUAGUACCCAAUCUCAGAAUCAGAACUUCGUCCUGCUUGGAGGUCAUACGCAAGCAGCCUUCAUUAAUAUGUCCCAAGUGGCUCUCUUUUCAAUGCCCGAACAAAGCUGGAGCUUCUUGCCUAUAGAAUCACCAGCAGAUGACCCCAAUACAGACCUCGCGGCUAGAGGUAUGACCGCGGUCGACCCGAGAUCCGGUCAUACAGCCCUACUCACCUCAGAUGGAAAGAGAGUCAUUCUUUUUGGCGGAUGGGUAGGAGAUGUGACAAACCUAGCAGAUCCGCAAUUGGCAGUCCUCGAACUUGGGCAAGGAUAUGGUGGGAGCGGCGACUGGCAGUGGAGCGUACCAAGCCAAACUGGACCAGGUCUUGCUGAUGGAACAGGAAUAUAUGGUCAUGGUGCCACGAUGCUCCCAGGUGAUGUCAUGAUGAUUGUUGGAGGAUAUCAAAUUCCGGCCUCCAGUGGCUCGAAGAGGAAACGGGCGGACCCUUCAGCAAGCGCCAACACAUACUUUUUCAACACAACAUCAAGCACAUGGAUCACAAGCUAUGCUCAUCCCAAAAUUGCGACAAGCAAUGGUUCUUCUAACAGCGCCGCCGCUAAUUCGAAUGCUGCUUCGAGGAGAGCUGGACUAGGAGCUGGACUCACUCUCGGCAUCUUGGCGAUCAUCAUCAUUGUCGCUGUGUAUUUCUGGUACAGUCGUCGAUUGAAACGUCGCAGAGAUGCACGGGAAGAUGAGUUGCGCCAUCUGUCAGCUGGUGCCCAUGGAAUUAGCUUGUAUAAUGAUGGCUCUAGCCCUACUCCAGCCAGGCCACGUGAAAUGACGACUGUGGAUUUUGCAGAAGACAAUCGGAUGUCACGAGAGCCUCAGCCACGGCCGCUUGGUCCUGGCGGAUAUUCCAAUGGAUCUGGCCGUAGCGAGCCUAACGCGGAGAGGACAGGCCUACUCUUCGAGAUACCAAGUCCUACACGAGGUUUGCGAAGGUCUCUAUACUCUCGAGGAACGUAUCAGCCCGCACCACGGUAUGAGGAUGGACGACAGACUCCCGGAUUCAGUACCAUCCACCCAAUUGAUGAGCGCGAUGAAUAUGAUGAAGGACUCAUCGGCGGAACGCAGUCGGGAGACAACGAAAUGAUGCAAAGAGACGGUCACAACGUGCUAAGCCACGUCCCAGUUCUGGACCCUUUCCAUGACCCAGUGGGUAGUUCACGAACACCGUCACCACAGUCACCGCAGGACAGAGAGCAUGAAGUCCGCAACUGGGUGUCUGACUGGACAGUUGCGAAUGCAAUGAUGCACUCUCAAGUGGGCCGCCUCUCGCCUGAAAAGAACGAUCGAACAUCUUCGACGCUUAGUGACCAAUCUUCCCGUUCUGGCUUGUCGUCUUAUUCGAUGCAGAACUCGGUCGGAAAUUUGAGCAGGAGCCUAUCACAGCGCUCGGCGGCGCUGUUCAGCACGACUGCCUACCGCUCCACGAAUGAUACCACACCAUCAGAUCAAUUACAAAGCGCACCACAACGUUACAGUCCUGAGCAUCGGCGGUCUCGGUCCUUGACCCUCGACCCAGUUUUACGGCGGACUGCUGUUUCCGACACUUUGACCACCGCAGGCCCGUCUUUCCCUCAACUGCAAUCAGAGGGCGAGGCAUUGCUUGGCGACUAUACGGACUCCGGAGGACCAUCCCCAACAAGAAGUCAUAGUCGAGCAAGGGGUUGGAUGGGGAGUGUACGUCGCGCGUUUUCUGGACUAGAUCGAAGCGCUUCGACGUCGCCUGAGAACAACACAAGCAACUCGUCUUCGCCAACCAAGCGCGUUUUCUCGGAAGGUGGGCUGCCUCGGCGAGCAGCCAGCACAGGCGCUAUGCUGUGGCAGAGAAGACAAGGUGCGAGGGACUGGGAUGUCGGCGAGCAGGGAGGUAAAAGUGGUGAACAUGAGCAGGAUGGCAAUGACGAAGAAUGGGACGUUGAAUCUGCCGUGGAGAGAAGGGUGGUGCAGGUGAUGUUCACAGUGCCAAAAGAAAAGCUACGGGUGGUCAACCGGGGGCCUGAUGGCGACGAUGAAAGCACUUUCAGCGCCGAGGUCAAAGAGGCAGGUGAUGGAGUGGAGGAUUUUGAUAAGGGAAAAGGAAAGGAGAAAGAAUAA